AUUACUCCUUCCAUAAUGUCAUCAAUAGAGUGCAUAAAAGGGAAGUUUGGCAAGGACUGUAAAGAUAAUUGUCCUUCAAAUUGCAACAACGAUGUCUGCAAUUUUGACAAUGGUGACUGCAUUGAUAGAUGCAAGCCAGGAUAUCAAGGAAACAAGUGCAAAGAAAAAUGUACGAUCGGAACCUUUGGUGAAAGUUGCGGCAAUAAUUGCAGUGGUAACUGUGAAGGCGGAGAUAUAUUGUGUAGACAUACAGAUGGACACUGUCUAAAUGGUUGCCAGACAGGAUGGAAUGGAACAAACUGUUUUUCUGCCUGUGAUGAAGGUUUUCAUGGUCGAAACUGUGAAGAAAAGUGUAGUGAGCAUUGUGCGACGGGAAACAGAAACUGUAACGCUAAUACUGGAUAUUGUGAAAUGGGUUGUCAACCAGGUUGGACUGGACAACGUUGUGUCAAUGCAUGUCCUUCUGGAAAGUUUGGUGCAGAAUGUAAGGAGAAUUGUGCUUCCACUUGCAAAUAUGAUGUUUGUGAUCAUGUUAACGGCAGUUGUCAUGGUGGAUGCAAGCCAGGUUAUCAAGGAAGUAAGUGUGAAAGUGAAUGUGAUCCUGGGACGUUUGGAGAAAAUUGUCAGGAGAAAUGUUCUUCUACUUGCAAAAAUGGUGUGUGUGGUCACCUCUAUGGCGGUUGUAGUAAUGGGUGCACGCCAGGAUAUCACGGAAAAAAGUGUGAAGAAAUUUCAGACAACAUUUUAUGUGUUACAAAACCGUAUUCAGGAUGUAAUGAAACACGAAAGCUGACAAUAGCGUUGAUAUGUGUCGGAAUCCUUUGUGCCUGUGUUAUUGUGUACGCUACAGUAAUAACGAUCUUGUUUAAACGUAAGACGAUUCAUGACGCAAAAGAUGGGAGUAAUGUCAGUUGCAGUGGAAGGAGCUGUGAUGAUGCUACUGCAAAUAAAAUUGAAACUGUAACAGCUGAAGCAGCAACAGAAGCAGCAACUGAACUAGCAAGAGUUGACAUAAAUGCCAUUGACGAUGAAUCUCAUCAUUAUACAGAUCUUACUCCUGAUACAAAAGGUGUCGAAGCAACAUAUGAAACUAUUCAACUUGAAUGACCAAUUCUAUAAAAAAAAUCUUUUGUCAAGGUGUUUUAAUGUGCUCCUUUACAAUUCAAUUAAUUAUUAAAACCUUUAAAU